UAUUUAAGGGGUGGUGAUGAUGGUGAGAGCGAUGUAAGUCUGUAGAACUAUCAGCUGAAAUCUACAUUGGUCCUCCCCACCAUCGCCACCUCUGGUAUUAUAAAUGAUGUAAAAACAACAACACUGCACAAUCGAAUAAAAAAACAUGUGAACAAUAAAAGCAAACGAGACAACUAUGAUGACAAUGUUUGCCUUUGACAUGUUUAAGAAAAAGAAAUAAAUAACGGUAAUUAGGCAAAACUAAGCGAGUUUUCUGAUGCUUAACUGCACCAUCUGCUGUAGCGCUGUGGUGUUUGUUAGGUGGAGACCGCCGUCAAAGCACUCCUACAAUUACACCAAACACUACUACCACCGUUGUAGUUAAUAGUAGAGGGUUUUGACUAAGCAGGAGCAGUAAAUUUGUAGCAGGCAAGUUGCACACUGGGAAAAUGGAUGGUGUGUCGCCCUACAUGUCGACAUAACUCAACGGAUUUCAUGUAAUUUGCCUAUAAUUUCUCAUCUACCACUCUCCUGUACAACUACAGUUACUAACUUCAACAUCCUUGCCGUCUUCUCUUACAUUCCAGCAAAGACUUAUUGAGAAGUAACUUAUAGUUGUACAAUGGAACGCCAGUGGAAGAAAGGAAAUAAAAUAUUUGGCAACAACAAUGACUGGAACCGAACCAACAGCUUCAUGAACAAACCUGAAGAUGGGUGGCUACACAGAGAUGAACAACUGUGUUCGGAUGCUGGAGUCUGUUAUGGUGUACGGUAUUUAGGAUGUCUGGAAGUAAAAGAGUCUAUGAGAACAUUAGACUUUGAAACGAGAACAAACCUAGCAAGAGAAGCCAUAAACCGUAUCACAGAAGCAGCUGGGCUGAAGUUUUUGGACAGAAAAAAGAAAUCAGACAAAAAGGUUCUUCGCAUUCUUGGAGGUUAUGCUAACCUGAGGUGUUCAGGCUCCAACAUUACUCUAACUAUUACAACUGAAGCCUUAAAACUUGUUAUAAUGGAAAAUGGCAAGACAAUUGCUAACCAUGAUAUGGCAUCAGUCUCGUUUGCAUCCGGGGGAGAUAUGGAAACCAAAGAUUUUGUGGCAUAUGUUGCCAAAGAUUCUGUCAAUGGCCGAGCUUGUUAUGUGUUGGAGUGUGGUGGAGGACUGGCUGAAAGCGUCAUUACUACAAUUGGUCAAGCAUUUGAAUUGAGAUUUAAAGAAUACCUUCGGAAACAACCCAAACCUACAAUGCUACCUGAAUGCCCCUCAACUCCUGUGGCAAAAGUUUGGCCAAGAGACAAAUUUGAAAAGACAGACGGUCAGUUUAAUGGUGAAUCAUGGGAAGAUGAAGCAGAGUAUUAUAAUGACCGACCAAAUGCCAUGCCGCCUUCUCCAACACCACCACAGAUACCUCCUCUUCCAAAUUAUUCUGUGCCUAACAGUAAUUCAAAUGUUCCUGAAGGAUUAUAUUCAACUGUAAAUAAAAAUAAAAAUAAUGAAUUCAAUAACAGUGCUGAAGGUCUACUUGUGGAUUUGAGUGAAGCACCAGAACAGGCUUUAUAUGACAAACCAAAAUCUAUGGCAGCUUUUGCUAAUAUGAAUUCUAUUCUACUGUUUGAUUCCGCUGAAAAUAUAAAAUCUGAAACAGAUAAAUCGACAGACUUUAUUGAUUCACCGCAAGACCCAGGAUGGACAAAUGGUGCACUUGACCCAUUUGAUAUGCAACCAUUUGAAACGUGUCUUUUAAACGAAUCAAUGACGCAACCUCCACCACCAGCACCAGCACCCGAAGAAAGUAUGCAGGCAGCAAUGAUUAAUAAAGAUGAGAUUCCUGCAGUGCUUGCUCCAGUAUAUGAAGAAUGGUAUCAUGGUCCUUUAAACAGAAAAGAGGCUGAAUUAUUAUUGGAACAUGAAGGAGAUUUCUUAGUGAGGGAGAGUACCACUACACAAGGUCAAUUUGUCUUGAGUGGCAGACAUUCAGCUGGGGUGAAACAUUUAUUACUGAUUGAUCCUGAGGGUGUGGUCCGAACAAAGGAUUGUAAAUUUGACAGUAUUAGUCAUCUUGUAAAUUAUCACAAGGAUAAUCAUUUUCCAAUUUUAACACAAGGCACAGAACUUCAUCUUUUAGAACCAGUUGUUUGUAAUAAAUGACAAAAACAGUUUGAAAAUAAUUACAGAACGAUGUCAGGAUUUCAUCCACUCAGAUCUGUGCAAGUUUCCUGAACUCUGCACCCAGAGGAUAAAUAUUGUUUGCCCUCUGAAGUGCAGGCAUAAUGUGAUAAAACAAGGGAUAGACAAAUAGUUGUUCACACCUUUCAGCACAACCUACAAACAAUCUGUUGUCAAUAUUACCAGCUAAUUAGGCCACUCUCCAAUCAAAAUCCAUACCAAAGGGCUAUGAAAAAUUUGGAAACGAUAUAUAAUUUUGUUUUAUUUUAUUUUCCUUUGUUUAAAUUUGGCCAAGUAAUUAGUUUGAUAAAAUUCACACUUUGUUACAGGUAUUUUGUCCUGAAAUGUGCUUAAAUAUUUCCUUGAUGACAGGGACUUCAAUCUUUAAAAUACUCAUAAAAUGGGUGGGUGGGUUUUGUGUGUGUGUGUGUGAUUAUGUGCAUGAAUGGCAAGUAAAAUUUAACAAGUAUGGUUGGAUUUGUAAAUUUUGUAUAGAGUGUUUAUUUUGCAAGCCAUAUAUGUAUAUAUUAUUAUAUAUACAUAAAUAUUUCUUAUGAAUCAAAAGUAUUUGUGUAGUUUGUUUUUGCUAUACAAAUAGGUUACUGUAAGCAUAUUAUUGUUAUAAUGUUUUUUCAAAUCAUUCUAAUUUCAGACAUUCAUAUCUUGGUUAUAUUAAUCAAGUCAUUUUUGUUUGUUUUGUUUCGUUUUUUUUUUUAGGGAGGGGGGAGUUUUUUGCAUUGAGUGGCACUGCUUCAGUCCAUUCCUCUCCACAGAACUAUUACCAUUAACAUCAUCAUUCUUAUUUUUUUUAAUGUUCCAUGUGUUUAAACAGAGCUUUUUAAAGUAAUGCUUUUACUAGUGAUUGAAUACCCUUUCUAAAGCUAAUUAUUUUUGCAGAAAGCACUUGUUUAAUUUUUAACUGAAAGAUAACCAUCUCCUCCCAAGGAACAGAAGUCAGUUGUGUAUCAUUUUAGAUGGCUCAUUCACUUCACUAUUCACAGACAGAGACAUUAAUGUUGGUGACAUCAAUAUUUUCUAUUUGGACAGAAAUACUCUGCUUCGGUAGAAGUAAUGUGCAGUUUAUUGAUCAUUGAUAUUGUUUUUUUAGCAAUUUUCCUUUUUGAAGCUGGAAAUUCACAAAGGAGUACAAUCACACUACUCAGAGAUGAGUACAAGAGAAAAUAUCCUAGCUUCAGUCUGCCUGAGCAAUCUUCAUUCCCUUCUCCCCCAUAAGCUGUAUACUAAUACAGAUAUUAAAGACUGUAACGCUGUCAGAUGUAUAGUAAUAGAUAUUAAAGACUGUGGCCUUGUAACUGUAUAGUAAUACAGAUGUCAGCUGUAUAGUAAUACAAAAUAUUAAACUCUGUGGCUACUUGUGAUAGACUUUGCUCGAAAUAAAAUGUUUUAUUAAUUUUUUAAAUAUUUAAAAUAUUUUUUUAAACCUAUGAAUCCUGCAUCAGAUUUUUAAACCUAAAUUUGGCAUAUACGCAUGAUGUUCGUAUAUACCUCCAUAAUGAAAUUAUAAAUUAUGGCAGCAUACACCCCUUCAAUGAAAUUAGUCCAUUAAUUAAUGGUCAAUAAAAUAUCACAAUGUUCAUUUUACAAA